UCUCUAUAAAAAAGGACUAUUUUUGUGUCCAUGGGAUUGGGAUGAUACAUUGAAUGGGCCAUGGGCCUUGAUGACCAAUACCCUCUUCCAGUCUUCGGCUUGCAUGUUCGUGAAUCGGCCCGCAAACGUGUGUAGUUAGAGCUCGGCCCGCCUCUCAGCAACUGUCCCUACGAUCUCCAUCCGGCUCGCGGCAUCGGACGGCUAAAAAACCGUCCAUCAAGAUCCGAACCCGAAGCGAAGGGCUACCCGCUACCCGGGAAAAGGGAAAACCAGAGAGUGGUAAUCGGCACAAUCCUCGAAUAUCCACAGUUUUCGGGUCUGUCCCAAAAGAUCGACGUCGAACCCAGAAAAAGGCGCAAACGGAGUAACAGGAAAUCUGCCGGAGCGGCGUGUCGGGAAAGUUGCAAAGAGCCAGCAGUAUGGGUGGAAGGGGCCGGCGGAGACCGAGCAACGGCAGCAGGAGCGAUUCGAGGAACAACAAGAGUGGUGGAAGCAAUGGGAGGAGAUCGAAUUCGUCCUCUCGAACCAGGAACUCCCUCUUCGUUGAAGGCGGCGCCUUAGCUGAUUGGCAAGAAAGGACCCCUGGAUCGAAUUCCAGGUCUGGUUCCAGACCGGCGAAUCAUAGCCGAAACAAAGAACCCGCAACCUCUAACAAUAGAAUCCCCCAGUCACCAGGAAAUGCUUUUGGUUUUAGCUAUCCAACGGUUGAGAAACAGGAGGGUUCAGGACAUAAUACGGGCAAUAACUUUGAUGCGACACAUCCUAUUGUGUUGUUUAACUCUAACAAGACCCAGAUUGUUGCUUAUUUAGAUGAUACACCUCCUUCAGAUCCCCAAAAUGAGAAUGUCACUUAUGAUUAUGGCUCCAGUUUUAGCUUCUCCGAUGGAUUGCAUAGAGGUCUUGGGUUCCAUGAUGAGUCGGACGAAACUCAAGGUGGUGUUGAGUCACCAUCGAAGAAAAAAGAAGCCAUUGGACAAGAAGGAUCACCUUUUGAUCCAUCAUCCUUUGACAUAGAAAUGGGUGCUGAGAUAGAUGGAAAAGAACCAAUUGAAUCACACUCUAAGGGGAAAAAUCCAUCAUUUUUGUCAGUUGGAGGAAUGAGAUUGUACACCCAAGAUAUAUCCGACGAGGAAGGUGAUGAAGAAAUGGAUGCUUUCGAGUCAUGUAAUGAUGAAAGCUCUGAAUCUGAACAAGAACAAGCAUUGUCAGAAAGUGAUGAUUCUGAGAACACCUCUGACAGUGACCUGGACAUUGAUGAUGAGGUGGCACAGGAUUACUUGGAUGGAAUUGGUGGCAGUGGCAGUGCUGUGGAUGCGAAAUGGUUGGUGGAAAAUGAUUUGGAUACUUCAGAUGAAGAUGAUAGCUCUUCUUCUUCUAGUGAAGGAUUUGAUGACACUGUGGAAAAGUUGGGUGGGAUUGCUCUCCAAGAAGCGUCAAUGGUAUAUGGUAUGAUGACACCACAAUCAAGGAAGAAGAUUCCUACUAGUGGUAGAGACUUCUGGUCUGCAGGCUUGGAUGAUAUCAUGUUUGUCAAAGAUCCGAGGACUAGGUCCGCUAAGAAGAAGCAUGUUACCCAACUGCCUCAAUCCUGGCCUGCAGCUCAGAAGAGUAAACGCUUCAGAAACUACCCAGGUGAAAAGAAAAAACAUCGUAAAGAAAUGAUUGCUGUGAAACGCCGGGACAGGAUGCUGAACCGAGGGGUUGACUUGGAGAAAAUUAAUACGAAACUGGAGCAGAUAGUUUCAAAUCAGGUGGAUAUAUUUUCCUUUCCACCUAUGCAUUCCAAGGAUUGUUCACAGGUAAGACGGUUAGCAGCAAUCUACCGCCUGCGCAGUGGUUCCCAGGGCUCUGGCAAGAAAAGUUUUGUCACAGUCAUGAGAACUCAGCAUACAUCCAUGCCAUCAGCAAAUGAUAGAGUCCGCCUUGAGAAGCUGAUAGGUGCCGUGAACGAAGAUGAAGAUUUCUCCGUCGCUGAAGGUAAGGCAGCAGCUGGUGCAGACAGAAGAAGAACCAAGAACAACAGUGCUCGGGAUCUUCAGGGAGGCCGAACCAAAUCAUCUAGGAAGUCAACCAAAAAGGGAGGGACAAACGUGGCUUAUGCCAGUCAACCCGUGUCAUUCAUUUCAAGUGGAGUAAUUCGACCUGAGGAGGAUGCCUCAUACGACACAACAGCCAUGGAUGAGACGGUCGUGGCGACCACCACCUCAGCAAAGGUCGGGGCUUUUGAGGUGCACACCAAAGGGUUUGGAUCGAAGAUGAUGGCGAAAAUGGGUUAUGUAGAAGGAGAAGGUCUGGGAAAAGAGCGUCAAGGCAUGGCUGCACCAAUUGAAGUGAUUCAACGGCCGAAAUCUCUAGGACUCGGCGUCCAAUUCUCUGACACCGACAUCAAAACCACCACCAAACCCGAACGUCCAAGUGGAGCCCGACGUCCAGCAACACAUGAGAGACGCCCAGCAACACAUGAGAAGCGUCGUCCUAAGCCGCAGAGCGUUGGAGAUUUCGAGAAGCAUACUAAAGGGUUUGGAUCAAAGAUGAUGGCUAGAAUGGGGUUUGUUGAAGGCAGUGGCCUGGGGAAAGAUUCUCAGGGCAUUGUUAACCCUUUGGUUGCAGUUAGGCGCCCGAGAGCUCGAGGACUGGGUGCAGAAGUCGUUUCACGAUCUGGGUCUCCCAGAUCUGACGCGCAUCGCAUUGAAAUCGGGGAAAAGAUGGAUUCUUUCGCUCGUUUGAAGAUCUGGGGUUUCGCCCUUUUGCUGAUUCUGCAAUCGGGAGAUGGGUUUUAUCUCCCCGGAAGCUACCCUCACAAGUACGGCAUCGGCGACACUCUGUCGGUGAAAGUGAACUCCAUCACUUCAAUUGAAACCGAGAUGCCAUUCAGCUACUACAGCUUGCCCUUCUGCAGGCCCACGGAGGGGGUCAAGGAUAGCGCUGAGAAUCUCGGGGAGAUUCUUAUGGGAGAUAGAAUCGAGAACUCGCCCUACAAGUUCAAGAUGUACACCAACGAGACCGAGAUCUUCCUCUGUCAAACGAAGCCCUUGUCGGCCGACGACUUCAAGCUUAUGAAGAAGAGGAUCGACGAGAUGUACCAGGUGAAUUUGAUCCUUGAUAAUUUGCCUGCGAUUAGGUAUACUAAGAGGGAAUCGUUUAUGGUGAGGUGGACUGGCUACCCUCUUGGGAUCAAAGUUCAGGAUGCUUAUUACCUCUUCAACCAUUUGAAGUUCACUGUUCUUGUUCAUAAGUAUGAGGAAGCCAACAUGGCUCGUGUGAUGGGAACCGGGGAUGCUGCUGAGAUGAUUCCCACUGGGGGAACGCCGGGAUCAGAGACCCCAGGUUAUAUGGUUGUAGGGUUUGAGGUUGUUCCAUGCAACUUUGUCCACAAUGCUAAGUCCUUGAAGGAUGUGAAGAUGUAUGGCAAAUACAAGUCUCCGAUCAAGUGUGAUCCUACAACGGUAGCCCUUCCGAUCAAGGAGAACGAACCGAUUGUUUUCACCUACGAGGUUACAUUCCAGGAGAGCGAUAUCAAAUGGCCUUCGAGAUGGGAUGCUUAUCUGAAAAUGGAAGGUUCAAAGGUCCAUUGGUUCUCAAUCAUGAAUUCUAUGAUGGUGAUCACUUUCCUUGCUGGUAUAGUCCUGGUCAUCUUCUUGAGAACUGUGAGGCGUGAUCUAACACGUUAUGAGGAGCUUGACAAGGAAGCUCAAGCUCAAAUGAACGAGGAGCUAUCUGGGUGGAAACUGGUCGUGGGUGAUGUUUUCCGUGCCCCAACAAACUCGGCCCUAUUAUGUGUUAUGGUGGGCAAUGGAGUUCAGAUCCUGGGAAUGGCGGUUGCCACUGUCUUGUUUGCUGCUCUAGGAUUCAUGUCACCAGCUUCUCGUGGUACCCUCCUAACCGGUAUGCUAGUCUUCUUCAUGAUCCUUGGAAUUGCAGCAGGAUAUGCAGCUGUUCGGCUGUGGAGAACAAUGGGAUGUGGAGAUGGAAAAGGAUGGGCUUCCGUGUCAUGGAAAGUCUCCUGCUUUUUCCCGGGGAUUGCUUUCGUGAUCCUAACCACUCUAAACUUCCUUCUGUGGGGUAGUCAUAGUACUGGUGCAAUCCCAUUCUCUCUCUUCGUCGUCCUAAUCCUUCUCUGGUUCUGCAUCUCUGUUCCACUAACCCUGAUUGGAGGAUACUUCGGAGCAAGGGCGCCCCACAUCGAGUACCCAGUUCGCACCAACCAGAUCCCAAGAGAAAUCCCAGCUCAAAAGUAUCCAUCUUGGCUCCUAGUCCUCGGAGCUGGAACCCUACCUUUCGGCACCCUCUUCAUCGAGCUCUUCUUCAUCAUGUCAAGCAUCUGGAUGGGCAGAGUCUACUAUGUGUUCGGAUUCCUCUUGAUCGUGUUCAUCCUUCUGGUUGUGGUUUGUGCCGAGGUCUCACUUGUCUUGACCUACAUGCAUCUGUGCGUGGAGGACUGGAAGUGGUGGUGGAAAUCUUUCUUUGCCUCUGGUUCGGUCGCCAUCUACAUAUUCUUGUACUCCAUAAACUACCUGAUAUUCGACCUGAAGAGCUUGAGCGGGCCAGUGUCUGCAACCCUUUACCUGGGCUACUCAUUACUGAUGGUUCUAGCAAUCAUGUUGGCUACUGGCACAGUCGGGUUCCUUUCGUCCUUCUGGUUCGUGCAUUACUUGUUCUCGUCAGUUAAGUUGGAUUGAUCAGCCUCCUGUGCAGCAAUGGUCAUCAUUGUACAAGCAGCUCUUUACAACAGUAGUAGUUUACUGCGGUUUCUUAUCUCUUUGUUGACCUUUUGUCAUUUGAGUUGUCUUUCACUUUCUUUGCUUUUGGUAGGAAAGAGGAAUUACCAAUGUAGUAGGAAUAAGUUUCCCGUAAGUCUUUUUUCUGUUUUGGUUUGUCCAUAGAUGGCAACCCUCAUGGCAUGUUAUAGAGUUUUCUUCAUACCCAGAAAGUUUAUUUGCAUGUUUUGAUCAUGGUUUGUGUACAAUAUCG